UUCCUCCUUCACUAUGACAAAUAAACAAAGAAAGAUGAAGCCAACGGUUAGGGAUAGAGGAUAUGCCUGGGUUAUCGUAGUAGCCGCUUUCUUGCUUCAAGCUAUCAAUGGUGGUGUGCGUUUCUCGUAUGGUCUUUACUUUGUUGAGUUCCUGAACGAAUUCAAUAAAGGCAAAGGUCAAACGGCUUGGGUUGGCAGCAUCAUGCAAAGCGUCUUUAAUCUUGAAGGUGCUUCUGUUCAACAAGUCGAAAGUGGUCUCUGCAUGUCGAGGAUUCCAUCAGGAAUGAGGUGUCGGGAGUGAUUAAUAUAUAUUGUGAACUUGCUUCAAAAUCGACCUAAAAUUAGUAUUAACUAAAUCGGCACCGUCAGAAACUAAUUUAAAAACGGCUUUGUAUUUAGGCAGGAGCAGUAAUAAUAAUGAAAUGCUCAUGUGAACAGACCCCAUGUAACGUAAAAACAACACUAGCCAAUGCUAAGUGACUUAAUCGCUGGUUUAAUUUGUUUUUAUUUGUUUUUGUUGGGUUUAACGUCGCACAGGCACAAUUAUAGGUCAUGUGGCGAUCUUCCAGAUUUGAUGGUGGAGGAAGACCCCAGGUGCCCGUUUGUGUAUUAUUUCAUCAAGAACGGGCACUUGUGUAGAACCAACGACCUUCCGCAAGCCAGCUGGAUGGCUUCCUCACAUGAAGAUUUCAACGCCCCGAGUGAACUCAAGUCAGCAACCUUAAAGGCCUAGAUCCACUACUAUAUAACUCCCUCCCCCUCCCCCUCCCCAAUCCUAUAAACAACUCCUAUCUUGUCUGCUGCUUAUCAACGAUUAUGUAACAGUUACUGAUAAGAGGGCAAUUAGUUAAGCAGGGGUCCCAACUAGACAAUGAAGAUGUGUGCAGUGGAGUUAAAAGAAAUUAAUUUUCCUUCAGUGAGUGUGGAAUAAUAAUAAUGAUUGUUAUUAUUUUGAUAUUAUAUAUGUAAUAAUAAUUAUUAUUUUAAUGUUAUAUUAAUGAUGAUAAUAAUAACGAUAAUUAUUAUUAUUUUAUAAUUUUAUAAUAUUACAAAUAAAACUAAUAAAAGAUACAGUAAUAUUAUUGAAAAUAAUAUUGAUAAUAAAACACAGGUAUAUUGAAAACUCAAUGAGUUCCUCGUGCUGACAAACAAUAUUUACCGAUAUCAUAAUUAUUAUGAAAACGGUCAUCCUUCCAAUAUAUUUAUAUAGAAUACUUACAAAAAGAUUGGGAAAAUGAUUUUCUCGUAUCCAUGCAAUCACCAUUAUUUGAAUAUAAUAUCACUGAGUAAAAUCAAAUUAUUGUGUUCAAUCUAUACUGAAUUUUCAAUUCCAGUAAGUUGCCAAAAGUGUACUUUUUCUGCUUUACUUUGUAAUACUGAAAUCCACAUUUGGUUUUCAAUUUCACACAAAUGUUAUUUACAGUAUUCUGCAAGCUUUAGAUAAUUGAAAGUAACAUUUUCUAAAAUAUCAAAAUUCACUGGACAGACUUUGAAAAAAUAAAAACUUGCUUAUUUCCUAAAGUUUAUUAUUUGAUUAUUGUGUUUGAUCAACAAAUAUUUUUCUUUAUAUAGAAAUGGCAAAAAAUAGGUAUAACUUUAACAUUUAUCAAUAUUUAUAGAAUAAAUCACACUGUUUCCCCAUCUCAUUAAUAGAUACACUUGUAUGAUAGACUGUCUCUCCAAUAAACAAUUACCUUUGUUUAUUAGAACCAUACUGUGAUGGUCAUUAGCCCCCAACUGUGCUGGUGAAGACAGAAAUCCCUUGGCCCACUGCCAAGAUUUAGGCAUUUACCCACUCGGCCCCAGAGGCCCCUGGUUUAAUUUGGGGAUUGAACGAAGACACACUCAAAGGUUAUAAACAAAUGUAAACUGGUGUACAUACCAUUCCUG